AUGAUCUAUAAGCCAAAUGAUGUGAUGUUCAUUGAAAUUCAUCUUGUUGAUGCUAUGACAAAACAAAUCAUGAGUGAUCUAAACAGCUAAUAUGAUCUUGGAGAUUUUUAAUAUGUUGCAUAAUUUAAGAUCAUGGAUGACUAAGAUUAAGAGAUUUAUAGAUAUGAAAGUAAUACUGGCAGAAAUGGAACAAUAGUUUACACGUAUAAGAUUCCAUCUUAAUAAAAUGGAGGGGAAUACACUAUAUCUAUUACUUCUCAUCUCUUUCCAGAUACUAAGAGAAAGUUUAGAAUAAGAUCAUAUACUAGCCAGGAAUAUUUCACUACUGUUGAUUUCUCUAAGGAAUCAUAUACACCAAGCGAUUAGGUUUUAGCCAAAAUUAAGGUCAAAAGAGCCGAUGGGACUAAAUUAAAGCCAGAUUUAAUAGUCAAUUACUUAUCUUAGAUGAGUAAUGUUAGACUUGAUGAAAGGGGAGAGACAUUGAUUCAAUUUAACAUACCUUCUGAUACUAGAUAGGAUUUGCUAAGCUUAGUUGUUGAAGUUUCCACUCCCGAUUCUCAGCCUGAAAAUUCUGUUCACUCUGUGACUAUUGUUUAGUUUAAGGAUCUUCAGAUGAAAUUCUAUCCUGAGACUGGCCAUCUAGUGGCGGAUAUACCAAAUAAAGUAUAUUUUGAAUCCCUUGCAGAUUAUGAAGGCUCAGAUGUAGCAGAAUUUAUUAGUGGUGAACUUUUGAUAACAGAUUUAAAUGCCAAAGAAGAAUUAGUCCUAUCAGAUAUUAAGCCAACUCACAUUGGUAGAGGCUCUUUUACUUUUACUCCUAAGGAGCUAACAGGAGGCAGUGCUUAUAUGUUUAAGGCUAAAUGGAAUAGAGCAAGCAAUGGGCAAAGAUACUUAAUGUCCAAUGUGGAUAUUAGUAAGAACCUAUUAUUUAGAGUUCAAGAUGCAGUGAUUAAUCCUAAAGUAAAGGACUAAAUUGAAUUGGAAAUACUUGCUAAUUAAAAAGCAGUCAUAGGUUAAAAGCUGAUGAUUAAGCUCUAACUAAAAGACAAAGUAAUCUACAAUGAAACACUGAUUCUAAGCUCUCAUCUUUAAAAGUUUUUAAUACCUCUCAGUAAUUUAUCAAAUAACUUAAAGAAUGGGGGUAUUGUCUAGAUUACUCUUUCAAGCUUUAAUCAACUAUCCGAGGACACUCUGAUUAAUUAACAAGAAGUCCUUAUUGGUGAAAGACUGAUAUUCAUAUUGCCUUCUGAAACAUUAAAUCUUGAUAUCAAAUUAGACCGAAGUGAAUAUGCUCCUGGUGAUUAAGUAAGCGUGGAGGUUGAUUUGAAGAAUCAUUAAUAAUUAGAGAAUGAUACAGUAUUCUAUAGCAUGAUCCCAAGUCUUCCCUCAAUGGUGUAUCUUGAAAAUGAGGUGUAUCAAAAGUUUGGCAAGAACGAGUUUUGGUACUCAUAUGAUUAUCUAGAUGCUGUUUUCAAUGACUUGUAAUAUGACUCAAUUAGUCAUUAAAAUUUGGAUAUCUUGCUAGGGAUACAAGGCUGGAGAAGAUACCUAUUUAGUGAAUAGGAAUUCAAGUCUUUGAAGGAUAGAAUAAUGAACCUUGACGACAAAAAUGAGGAAAAAUAAAGAUUUGAAAAGCUGAUUGCUGAAAAGUAGUCGCACAAAAUAAUGUAUAAGAAUAUGAGAGGGGGUGGUAUAAAAAAUACUAUGUUUAAGGUAUAAAGAUAUGAUGAAGUGUUUGAUGCUUAGCCGAUGGCUGUUGAAAUGGCAAUGGGAGCACCAAAUGAUAUUGAAUUAUUAGAUAAUAAACCUAACAUUAAACAAGCUGCAAACAAUAUCCUUAAUGAAGAAGAAACUUAUGAUUUCAUGAAAGGUAUUUCCACAAAUUCAAGACUCUACACUCAUCUUAAACGAGAAAAUUGGACACAAUAAAGUGCAAGAAUCGACAUGACAUAAACACUCAAAUUUACAUCAGCCCUAGAGUUCAAUCCCAAAAAUAAACUUUAAACUUUUGAAAUUAAUGAUUAGAUAUCUACUUUUAGAGUUACUGUCUCAGCAUUUUCCAAAUAGGCUAAUAACUUUAACUCAACACUUUAAGUUGAACUUACUAUUUAAGACUCAUCAAAAGCUGAGGGACAAUCUUCGAUUCUUGAUAUAUAACCCUAUUCAUAAACUCAAAAGAAUUACUUGCUCUCAGCAAACUAUUCAAAUGUUUAAAAUAUAGUAUUAAAGGUGCAAGUCUCAGCUAAAGAUUAAAAUGGGUAGAUAUAUAGUGAUUCACUUACUAGAUAAACUGUUGUCCUUCCUAAUGGAUUUAAAUAGAAGUAAUCUCAAAGUGGAUUAAUUGGGAUGAGUUCAUCUCAAACAGUCGAACCUAUGCUUAAAUUCUAAUUUUAACUUCCAAAAACAUUUGUUCCAGGCACUCUUAAAGUUUCAACUGCCAAAGUAUUUGCUGAGCCACUUGACAAUAUCUUAUCAGCAGUUGAGAGUUUGAUAUAAGAUCCUUAUGGAUGCUUUGAAUAGUGUUCUUCAGUCACAUAUCCAAUAGUUAUGGCAUUAUAAUUCCUUCAGAAAGCAGAGGUAAAUGCCAGAAGCGACGCUUAAAAGACUAAGAUCUAGGAAAUGAUGCUUAAUGCUCAAUAAAAGCUAGAUGUAGGAUACAAAAAGUUAUUAAGCUAUGAAUCCACCUAGGGAGGAUACGAAUGGUUUGGGAAUAAUCCAGCACAUGAGGCACUUACAGCAUAUGGAUUAAUGCAAUUCAAUGAGAUGAAGAAGGUGAUGCCCGGAACUGUGAAUGAUGAAAUGCUAACGAGAGUUUAAUCAUGGCUUAUUGGCAGAAGAGACGGAGCUGGAGGAUAUCAUUUAAGUUAGUAAGCCUUAGAUACAUUCGGAAGAGCACCAGUAAAUAUCACAAGUGCUUACCUAACAUGGGUGCUAUCAGGUUUAGGCUACAAAAAACUAGAUCUUGAACUGAGAAGCCUACUGAAUCAAACCCAUUUUACUGAUGACUCGUACUUUUUAGCCUUGGUGUCUGGAGCCGCUUUUAACCUUAAGAGACUUAGUGAAGCUAUAGAACUGUCAAAGAGAAUAGUAUAAGCUCAGAAUAUGACCAGUGGGGCAGUUCUAAAUUCCUAGACAUCAAUCACAAGUUCUUAUGGAUCCAGCUUAGUACUAGAAACUACUGCCCUUUCAUUGAUGAAUUGGCUUAACCAAGAUAGGAGAUUGUUCGCACCUAACAUAGAAAAGGCUGUAAAAUUCAUUAUUAGCUCAAUUGAAGAUGGUGGUAGGAUGGGAUCUACUUAGAGUACAAUUUUAUGCUUAAAGGCUCUAAUUCUUUACAUGGAAUAAUACUCAGGAAUCAAGGGCAAUGGAUUAUUCAGCUUUUACUUUGAUGGAGAGUUGAAAGAUUUUAUUACCUUUAGUGAGAAUUCAAAUUCGACACAGAGUGCUUUUGACUUUAAGGAUUUGCUGGAAAAAUAGCUUUAAUUGAUCGAAUUUGAUGAUAAAGCACAUGAAGUUAUCAUCAAAAUAGAAAACUAUACAACCAACAAUGAUAUCCAAAGAUAAGACUUUUCUCUUUCAUACACAUUUUAAAUAGAUUAUCUUGAUGCACAUCCACCAACAGCACUUAAUCCAAAGAUAGAGUUCUAUCUGAAUUUGAAGCAAUCAUAAAAUUCACUCUAAAAUAUUUAGACAAAUUUCCAGCAGAUAUAAAUAAUCAAUACUUAAAAAGACUCUUUGGGAAUGGUAGUGGCAAUUAUCAGUGUGCCAAGCUGCAUGAGACUUGAUUUUAACUAAUUUGAGCUCUUGAAACAAAAGAAGAGAUUUGAUUCAUUUGAGAUUAGUAGUGAUAUGAGCCAAUAUACACUUUAUUGGACUGGCAUUAAACCAUUUAAUCAUCAGACUGGUGAAGGUAAAAUUGAACUAGAUAUCCUGCUUGUGAGAUAAUAUUAGGCUAUUAAAUGCUAGCAAAGAGCUUCAGUAGCCUAUCUAUAUUAUGAUAUUGAGAACAAGAUUUGGAUUUGA